AUGACACUGUCAUACCAUCAUCAAUUAGCAUCUCUGUCACCUUUAGCAAUUUUUCGAGUAUUAUUUCGAUGGAAAGGCAGCGUUUGGAAGCUUAUUUAUAAGGAAUUAUUCGUUUGGACUAUACUUUUCUUAGCUAUUUCAUUCAUUUAUCGAUCAGAUUACAUCCUUAAUGCUAAACAAAAAAUUAUUUUUGGAAAUUUAGCUUAUUAUUUUGAUACACGAUUAGAAUAUAUACCAAUUACUUUUAUUCUUGGCUUUUUUGUCGAUACAAUAUUAUCACGAUGGUCUAAUAUUAUCACUAAUUUGGGUUAUAUCGAAUCAUAUGCAUUAUUUAUUAGUAAUUGUAUUCAUGGUAAUGAUGAAAAUACUAAAGAAUUACGUCGAACUUUAGUGCGAUAUUUAUGUUUAACUCAAAUUUUUAUAUUUCGUGAUAUUAGUAUUCAAGUACAGAAACGUUUUCCAACAAUUGAUAGUAUGGUUGAUGCUGGAAUUCUUUUGAAGAAUGAAAAAGAGAAAUUAGAUUUAAUUAAAUUUCAAUAUAAUAAAUAUUGGAUACCAAUACGAUGGAUUCAUGCUAUUGCAUUGAAUGCACGAAAACAAGAAAUAAUUACUUCAGAUUUACUCUAUUGGAAAUUAUGCGCUGAAGUUGAUAAAUUUCGUCAUAGUUUACAACUUUUAUGCAAUUAUGAUUGGGUACCUAUACCAUUAGUUUAUUCACAAGUUGUAUUUUUGGCAGUUUACGUUCAUUUCCUUAUCUGCCUUAUCAGUCAACAGUUUAUCAUUACUGAUAAUAGUCAUACAACUUAUCUUGAUUUGAUAGUACCAAUGAUGACAGUGAUACAAUUUGUAUUUUUUAUUGGUUGGUUAAAAGUUGCACAAGCAUUGCUCAAUCCAUUUGGUGAUGAUGAUGAUGAUUUCGAAUGCAAUUAUCUUAUUGAUAAAAAUCUUACUCAAAGUUUUUGCAUUGCUGAUAAUUAUGAUCGUGUACCGGAUAUAAGGCCUGAUCUUUUUUGGCGAAGCCAGAAAGUACUUCCAACUUCUGGCAAUACUCUUUUAAAUGGAUCAACCGUCGAUUUUAAAACAACAAAACACAAUCGUCCAACACAAACUGCUAAUCCGGAAAAAACUAUGCAAAAGAUAACAUGGAACCACUACGAUCAUUUUGAAGAACAAAUCAAUCGAUCAUCGAUAGAACUGAAACAAUAUAGUAAAUCAAACACUGACUACUAUGUAUUACCAAAUCCGAACAAGAACAAUAAGAUGAAAAUUACUCGAUUAUAA